AUGGAUUUUACAAAAGAUUUUGUUAACCGUUUAGAUAAAAUAAAAAAUUCUGACAUUAAAUUUGUUGAAGGGUAUGAAAAUGUAGAAAAAGAAUAUCUUAAAAUAAGAGAUUAUUUGAUUAGAUUAAAAGAUUGUCUUCAUGCAUUCAAACACUAUGAACAUGGAGGAAAAACAGUAAAGAAUAUAAAAAAAAUAUUUAAAUAUGUACAAGAUAAAUCAAGGGUGAAAUUCUUAAAAGAUUUUGAUUGUUAUAGUAGAAUAGCAUAUUUAUUUGAAAAAAGAGCUAGGAGAAUGACAAGAGAAACCAAUAAAGACUUAAGAAAUGAUUUAAGUGGUAUAUUUUAUGAUGUGUCAAUAUCAAAGACAGAAUUUAAUGAACUUAUUAAAAAUUUAAUUAAAGAGUUAGAUAAGCUGAUAUCAUUUACUUAUACAAUUGAUGGGUAUAGAAAAGCAAAUUUAGAGGCAAUUUACUCUCUAGAUAAUUUAUAUCACAUGAAAGGAUAUCGAGAUGAGCUAAUCAGAAUAGAACAUAAAAAUUUUGAUAUAGAUUGCAGAGGAACCUUAAAACAAAUGAUGAUAUUUAACACAACACCAGAAAUACCAGAAAUUCUAAAUAAGUUUUUAAAAGAACAUCAAAAACAUACAAAAUAUAUUUUUGAUAGAAUACAAACUGUGAUUAAAUAA